AUGGCAGAUAGUAAAGGUAAUCCUGAUGAUUUAUCGACCGCGAUCCUGCGCCGCAAGGACAGGCCCAACCGUCUCAUCGUGGAGGAGGCGGUCAGCGAUGACAACUCUGUGGUGGCGUUAUCACAGGCAAAAAUGGAGCAGCUGCAACUGUUCCGCGGAGACACAGUUCUCCUGAAGGGCAAGCGUCGCAAGGAGACAGUCUGCAUUGUCCUCUCAGAUGACAACUGUCCUGAUGAGAAGAUCCGCAUGAAUCGCGUUGUACGCAACAACUUGCGCGUACGUCUGUCUGAUGUGGUGUCCAUCGCGCCGUGCCCGUCCGUUAAGUACGGGAAACGCGUCCACAUAUUGCCCAUUGAUGACUCUGUUGAGGGCUUGACUGGAAACUUAUUUGAGGUGUACCUGAAGCCUUAUUUCAUGGAAGCCUACCGGCCAAUCCACCGUGACGACACGUUCAUGGUGCGCGGAGGUAUGCGCGCUGUAGAGUUCAAGGUCGUGGAGACUGACCCCUCUCCCUACUGCAUCGUGGCUCCUGACACCGUCAUCCAUUGUGAGGGAGACCCCAUCAAACGUGAAGAGGAAGAGGAAGCUUUGAAUGCUGUCGGUUACGACGACAUUGGUGGCUGCCGCAAGCAGCUGGCUCAGAUCAAGGAGAUGGUGGAGCUGCCCCUGCGCCACCCAUCUCUGUUCAAGGCCAUCGGUGUGAAGCCCCCACGUGGUAUACUCAUGUACGGGCCCCCCGGUACCGGUAAAACACUCAUCGCCCGUGCUGUGGCUAAUGAAACUGGUGCCUUCUUCUUCUUGAUCAACGGACCGGAGAUCAUGUCCAAACUGGCUGGUGAAUCUGAGUCGAACUUGCGUAAGGCAUUCGAGGAGGCUGACAAGAACUCUCCGGCUAUCAUCUUUAUUGAUGAGCUGGAUGCUAUUGCACCCAAGAGGGAGAAGACUCACGGAGAGGUGGAGCGUAGGAUUGUGUCCCAACUGCUGACACUUAUGGAUGGUAUGAAGAAGUCAUCGCACGUCAUCGUAAUGGCGGCCACAAACCGUCCGAACUCGAUCGACCCUGCACUGCGUCGUUUCGGUCGCUUCGACCGUGAGAUCGACAUCGGUAUUCCUGAUGCUACCGGCAGGUUGGAGAUCUUGCGUAUCCACACCAAGAACAUGAAGCUUGGCGAUGAUGUCGACUUGGAACAGAUCGCAGCAGAAUCUCACGGUCACGUGGGCGCUGACUUGGCGUCGCUGUGCUCGGAGGCAGCUCUCCAACAGAUCCGUGAGAAGAUGGACCUCAUCGAUCUCGAGGACGACCAGAUUGACGCCGAGGUUCUCAACUCCCUCGCCGUCUCCAUGGACAACUUCCGGUAUGCGAUGACCAAAUCAUCGCCGUCGGCUCUGCGCGAGACUGUGGUGGAAGUGCCGAACGUGACGUGGGGAGAUAUCGGAGGCCUGCAGAACGUCAAGCGCGAGCUGCAGGAGUUGGUCCAGUACCCGGUGGAGCACCCUGACAAGUUCCUCAAGUUCGGCAUGCAGCCUUCAAGGGGUGUGCUCUUCUAUGGUCCACCUGGUUGUGGUAAGACUCUGUUGGCCAAGGCUAUCGCCAACGAGUGCCAGGCCAAUUUCAUCUCUGUCAAGGGCCCUGAACUGCUCACCAUGUGGUUCGGUGAAUCCGAGGCUAACGUGCGAGACAUCUUCGACAAGGCCCGAUCAGCGUCUCCCUGUGUUCUAUUCUUCGACGAGCUGGACUCGAUCGCCAAGUCUCGUGGAGGCUCAGUGUCGGAUGCAGGCGGCGCGGCCGACCGUGUCAUCAACCAGAUCCUGACUGAGAUGGACGGUAUGGGCGCUAAGAAGAACGUCUUCAUCAUUGGCGCGACAAACCGUCCGGAUAUCAUCGACCCGGCCAUCCUUCGACCGGGUCGUCUGGACCAGCUGAUCUACAUCCCACUGCCCGACGAGAAGUCGCGUGAGGCCAUCCUCCGCGCCAACCUGCGCAAGUCGCCCAUCGCCAAGGAUGUCGAUCUCUCAUACAUCGCUAAGGUGACACAAGGGUUCAGUGGUGCUGACCUGACAGAGAUCUGCCAGCGCGCGUGCAAGUUGGCCAUCCGACAGGCCAUCGAGGCUGAGAUCCAACGCGAGCGCACUCGUCAGCAACAGACUGCCGCCGCUGUCAUGGAUAUGGACGAAGAGGACCCCGUACCUGAGAUCAGCCGCGCCCACUUCGAGGAGGCCAUGAAGUUCGCUCGCCGCUCCGUCUCAGACAACGACAUCCGCAAGUACGAGAUGUUCGCGCAGACAUUGCAGCAGAGCAGGGGAUUCGGCACCAACUUCAGGUUCCCCGCGAGCGGCGGCGCGGCGGGCGGCACGGGCACGUCGGGCGGCGACCAGCCGACGUUCCAGGAGGAGGGCGGCGACGACGACCUGUACAGCUAA